AUGCCCGUGGUCAACGUCGAUGAUCUGGUGCGUCUGCAGCGCAAAGCAGAUGACAUCCGGAAUAUAUGUAUUCUUGCACACGUCGACCAUGGCAAAACAUCCCUCACAGAUAGCCUCAUCGCGACGAAUGGCAUCAUCUCGCCGAAACUGGCGGGUAAGAUCCGCUACCUCGACUCGCGGCCAGAUGAACAACUCCGCGGUAUUACGAUGGAGUCAUCCGCCAUCUCACUAUACUUCUCGAUGUUACGAAGACCAGCACCCGACGCCGCACCAGAGACGAAGGAAUACCUGAUAAACUUGAUUGACUCGCCGGGCCAUAUCGACUUCAGUAGCGAAGUCUCCACUGCAUCGAGACUGUGUGAUGGAGCACUCGUUCUGGUGGACGCUGUCGAGGGUGUGUGUAGUCAGACCGUGACCGUUUUGCGCCAGACAUGGGUUGAGAAAUUGAAGCCGCUACUCGUUAUCAAUAAGAUGGACCGACUUAUAACGGAACUCCAGAUGAGUCCUGCAGAGGCCUAUUCGCAUUUGAGCAAACUUCUUGAGCAGGUUAAUGCUGUUAUUGGUAGUUUUUAUCAAGGAGAGCGUAUGGAAGAGGAUCUUCUCUGGCGAGAACGCAUGGAAGAACGUGUCAAUGCUGCAGCGGCGAAAGAUAAAGAUCAAGCAAAGAAAACUUCUGCAGACGAUACAGAUGGCACAGCUUCCCAUGCUGGUACAGACCUGGAAGAGUUCGAAGAGAAAGACGAUGAAGAUUUAUACUUCGCACCCGAGAAAAACAACGUGAUAUUCUGCAGUGCCACAGACGGCUGGGCUUUUACGGUCAGGCAAUUUGCAGGGUUGUAUGAAAAGAAGCUUGGAAUUAAACGGUCAUCACUUGAGAAGGUGCUUUGGGGGGACUUUUACCUAGAUCCGAAGACGAAGCGAGUCUUGAGCUCGAAACAUCUCAAAGGACGGGCUCUGAAGCCUAUGUUUGUCCAGCUGGUAUUGGAUAGUGUUUGGGCAGCAUAUCAGGCCACGACUGGCGGUGGGAAAGGAAAGGGUGACCCUGUAAUGCUGGAGAAGAUUACGAAGUCAUUAAACAUCACACUCCCACCUCAUGUGCUUCGAUCUAGAGAAUCCAGAAACAUAUUGUUAGCGCUCUUCUCAUCAUGGCUGCCACUGUCUACAGCUGUGCUUGUAUCCGUGAUGGAAUACCUUCCCAGUCCUCGAACAGCGCAGGCCGACAGACUUCCUGAAUUGAUCAAAAACUCACCUGCCUCUGACUUUGUCGACCAGAAGAUCAAGGAUGCCAUGAUCGAGUUCAAGACUGGCCCGGAUGCUCCUGUUGUAGCCUAUGUCAGCAAAAUGGUAGCAAUACCCGAAAGCGAGAUGCCGCAAAACACCAAACGAGCAGGGACAACAUUAACUGCCGAUGAAGCUCGAGAGUUGGCGCGAAAGAAGCGAGACGAGAUUGCAAAGCUGCAGGCAGAGGCUAAUGAGCAGGGCGAUGACUUUAGCCGAGUCACGUCGGCACUUGCGAACACAAGCCUAGACGACCAAGAAGGCAAGACAGAAGAAAAGGUGGACAAAGAGCAUCUCAUCGGUUUUGCUAGAUUGUAUUCGGGAACAUUGAACGUUGGUGAUUCGUUAUAUGUUCUGGCUCCUAAAUUCUCACCAGCAAACCCACAUGCUAGCCCAGAGCCUAUGAAGGUCACCAUCACAAACUUAUAUUUGCUCAUGGGCCGAAGUCUAGAGCCUCUCAAGUCAGUACCUGCUGGUGUAGUCUUUGGAGUGGAGGGACUAGCUGGACAUAUCCUCAAGACAGGCACAUUAUGUAGCCAGUUGGAGGGCAGUAUCAACUUGGCCAGUGUAUCCAUGUCAAGUCCCCCAAUCGUCCGAGUUGCUCUGGAACCAGCAAACCCAGCAGAUCUCAACAAGAUGAUCAACGGGUUGAAGUUAUUGGAACAAAGUGAUCCAUGCGCACAAUAUGAAGUUCUACCGAACGGUGAACAUGUGAUAUUGACAGCAGGUGAAUUACACUUGGAGCGAUGUCUGAAAGAUCUCCGUGAACGGUUCGCGAAAUGUGAAAUCCAAGCUGGUGAGAUGAUUGUGCCAUUCCGCGAGAGCAUCGUUAGUACUAGUGAAAUAGCACCCCCCAAGAACCCGGACUUGGGACGGGGGGGUGUGUUGACCGUGUCGCCGUCGAAACAAUUGACGAUCAAACUGCGUGUACUACCUCUUCCAACAGAAGUCGCCGAAUUCUUGACAAAACAUGCCGGAACUAUAAAACGACUCCAAUCCGAAAAGAGGGAAAAGGUGGACGAGAAGACUAGAGAUGCAGAAGAAGCCGGUGAAGAAAUUGAAAACAGAGAAGUGGAGGAAGCGGAAUCCCUCGAAACGAAUGUUCUCUCGAUAGCUGAAUUCAAGCAAGAAUUACGAAAAUUGCUUGCGAAGUCGAAGUAUGAGAAUAUCAAUGCAGAUACGGUAGAGAAGAUUAUAUCAUUUGGUCCACGACGGAUAGGUCCGAAUUUGUUGAUUGAUGCUACUACCGCCAAUGCUAGUGAUAAAUUUUUGUCCGAGGAACAAAGAAGCACUCACAACGGCCAACUCAGUCGACAAGAAAUCACCAUUCGCGAUCUCUCUGAUAAGAUCGUCUACGCAUUCCAAUUGGGCACUGGACAAGGUCCUCUGUGCCAGGAACCUGUCCAAGGCAUCGCGGUUGUCCUCGAGGAUAUAGCCCUUCAAGUCGAGAACGAAGAUGCAAUUGACUUUGGUCGGUUGACGGGUGAAGCAAUCCGGAUCGUGCGCGAUUCAGUAUCGCAAGGAUUCCUGGACUGGAGUCCCCGGAUCCUACUCGCAAUGUACAGUUGCGAGAUCCAAGCAUCAACCGAAGUCCUAGGCCGAGUCUACGGCGUCAUAACCCGACGACGCGGACGCAUCCUCUCCGAAACCAUGAAAGAAGGAACGCCCUUCUUCACCAUCCUUUCGUUGUUGCCCGUAGCCGAAUCAUUUGGCUUCGCCGACGAAAUCCGUAAACGAACCUCGGGCGCCGCAUCACCACAACUCAUUUUUGCAGGAUUUGAGGCGCUCGACGAAGACCCGUUUUGGGUCCCCGCGACGGAAGAAGAAUUGGAGGAUUUGGGUGAGUUGGCUGACCGCGAGAACGUGGCGAAGAGGUAUAUGGAUGCCGUGAGGACGAGGAAGGGGUUGUUCGUGGCGGGGAAGAAGUUGAUCAAGGAUGCAGAGAAACAGAAGACGCUGAAGCGGUAG